AUGGAACCAUUCACUCAACCCAACCAGGACUUCUAUUCAAAGCUAUUGGGUCUUGAGUUCAAGGCGGUGAACACGGCCGGGAAAAUUUGGGUUUUUGUUAAAGAAGGGUCCAGCUUUGAGAUAAUUGAUGAUUCGGAACAGGUGCUACAUGGUCUUCUCACCACCCCGGCCACCAACCAACCUAUUGCUAUAUCGGCGGUCUAUGCAAAGUGUACGAGAGCAGAAAGGUACUAUCUGUGGAGCAAAAUACGAGACAUUGCGGGAGAGGUACAAGGUCGACCAUGGAUGAUAGGUGGCGACUUCAACACUAUCCUAAGUCCACAAGAUAGAAUCGGGAGUGACUCCAAUAGAGUGGCCGAGAUGGUGGAUUUUGCUGAAGUUGUUGAGGAAUGUAGGCUAAUGGACCUAGGGUUCGAUGGUUCCCCCUUCACAUGGGCCAAGAACGCGUUGUUUGAGAGAUUGGACAGGGUCUUCAUCAACGAGCAGUGGACCAGCGUUUUUGAGUCAUCUAGAGUCUCGAAUCUGCCGCGGGUUGCCUCGGACCAUGGACCGGUCCUCAUGCGGUGCGAGACCUCUACCCCACGACCCCAAGGUAAACCUUUUCGUUUCCAAAACAUGUGGAUCAGACACCUGGAGUUCAAAGGAGUAGUGACAUCAAGUUGGGCACAACCGACCGAGGCUGUGGGUCUCCUUAAUUUCCAAGUCAAAUUAGCAAGGCUUAAGAAGGUACUGAAAAGAUGGAAUAAGGAGGUAUUCGGCAACUUACAUGCAAUCCUUCGAGAAGCUGAGGAGAGGGUGGUUUCGGCACAAGGAGCCUACGAGGCGGACCCGUACCUGAUCAAUCGAAGCAACAUCAACAAGCACAUCGCACAAUACAUCCUCCUUUUAAAAAUGGAAGAGGAUCUCUGGAGGCAAAAGGAAGCUGUGCGGUGGCUCAAAGACGGGGAUAGAAACACCAAGUUUUAUCAAAGUUGGGUUAAGCAAAAAAUGGCCAGACUGCGCAUACAUAGCGUGCAAGUGGGGGAUAGGGUACUCACCGAGGAAUCCGAAGUGAAGGCGUCGAAAGCUUUGUUCAUCCAGGAUCUUUUAGCUCCCCCAACCCCUCCCCUAAUUGAGCCAAACCUGAGCCUCAUCCAACAAAAACCGAACACAACUAAUUAG